GCUCUCAUAAUUAUAAUUUUAUUUUUCGUUUGAUGCUUACUAUUAUUGUUUUUCUCGUAGUGUGGUUUACUAUUUCGCUCUACAAACAACCACAAAAAAAAAGUGUGAUUAAAAUAUGGAAGGAGGAGGAGGAAGAGUUUCCAACUGCGAUCUACAAGUGGCAUCGACGACGAUCCGUGAGAACAACAUGGGUUUCAUCGUCCCCUUUGAAGACAACCAUGUCUUCAGCUUCUUGGCUUCUUCCUCCUCUUCUUCCAAGCCUCACUCUUCUCCUCACCUGAUCAGCACCGCCGCCAUUAACAACACUAAUACAACUUCUCUAGGGUUUUCCGAUACCACCCAGGGCGGAGCAUUGGGAUCGAAGAGGGUUGACGAUGAUGAUAAUUGUCAUCGGGAGAAUAGAACUGGACAUUCCAACGAUACCUCGUGGUGGAGAAGUAGUGGUGUUACUGCGGAGAAGAGCAAAGUGAACAAGGUGAGGAGGAAGAUGAGAGAACCAAGGUUCUGUUUCCAGACAAGAAGUGACGUUGAUGUUCUCGACGACGGCUACAAGUGGCGAAAAUACGGUCAGAAAAUCGUCAAGAACAGCCUUCACCCUCGGAGUUAUUAUCGAUGCACGCACAAUAAUUGUCGGGUAAAGAAAAGAGUGGAACGACUAUCUGAGGAUUGUCGAAUGGUCAUUACGACGUACGAAGGCCGACACAACCACUCUCCGUGCGAUGACUCAACUUCCUCUGAGCACGAGUGCCUUUCCUCUUUUUAAUCUCUCUCUCUCUCUAUAUAUAUAUACACACUGUCCUAUAUGCGAUCUGUAUAUCAUAUGUGUCUUUAAUGCGAUGUUAUAGCUCCACUGGUAUGAUAUAUAUAUAUACUGGAACCGUGGUUUAUGCACAAAGCCAUUCAUUAAACUAUAUCAUUGUCGUUUGUGAACAAGACGUAUUCUUACCAUAUAUAAACCAUGAGAAAUUUGUAACGGCCGAUUAGAUUUUUAUAAUAAGUUGACAUAUAUAGCCACCUGCAUCUAGAUUAAGAGGUACAUAACCAGGAUUAAGAAUACAUUAUUAGCCGCAAUUCCUAUAACUAAACUACUAAGUAAUACUGUAGGUAUACAUAUCACCAAUAUACUUGGCAACAAUUUGCAACUACAAAACACGAUUAUAUGUAGCCACUCCUUUCGAAUCUAUCUUUUAUAUUCGUACAGUUAAAUCAUGCAGCCGGAGCAUAAUCAUAGCUGCCAUCGUCGUCGUCAUCGCCAUUUUCCACGACGAACGCAGUUUGAGAAGAGUAGCAAUGGCUUCUACCCGUGUAAUCAUCCACAUUGCCUUCACCAUGUGCUUUGCCAUGUUCAUAGAAUAACACCAAGGCGGAGAUUGAAGGCAUAACUCUCUCUGUUUUCUGGCUUUGUGGGAGAAAGAUUUCAAGCGAUCGGUGAUUUUGGUUGAAUUAAAAUCUGGUUAUGGAAG